AUGUUACUUAUUCCCCCAGAUCCCCAGAUCACUAGCCGUAGGUUCAGUCCACCGCUCCAUGGUAAGACCAGAGAUGGGACAGUGGGAGUGACAGCUCAGCAUGAGGAGAGUGGCCCCCAGAGUACGGGGGACAUUCCUGCUGAGUUCAGGCCCACCGACAGCCCCAACUUUCUGGUGUCAAGCCUCCCCGCACACUGGCGUUGCAACAAGACUCUGCCACGUGCCUUCACGGUGGUUGCCCUGGGUGAUGUAAGUGACGGUGUUCUAGUCACAGUGAUGGCAGGGAAUGAUGAGAACUGUUCAGCUGAGCUACGGAACGCCACCACGCUGAUGGCAUCACACACAGCACGCUUCAAUGACCUCCGCUUUGUAGGACGCAGUGGGAGAGGUAAAAGCUUUAAUCUGACCAUAACCGUGUUCACCAGUCCUCCCCAGGUGGCCACGUACCACAGAGCUAUCAAAGUUACUGUAGAUGGACCUAGAGAGCCACGCCGUCACAGGCAGAAGCUAGAGGUGGGUCCAAAAACAGGGCUUUUCAGGGUUGCCAUGCCGAUGCAGAGUCUCCGCCCCCUCAACAACAUCACCAACCCUCCAACAAGAGGUGUGUGUGAGCUGGCUGCUGGGUUUGAUCGCCCGUUUCCCCCCCUCUCCUCAUUCUCGUCCACUCCCAGAAUGCACUUCUCGUCCUUCCCUUACUCCGUCACCCCCCCUCCACCCCCGUACCUCCCCCCACCUUUCCCCACGCUCACCCCCCAUUCCCACAGUGGACUCUUCCAGCCCAGCAGCAGCCCCAUCCUCUACUAUGGAGCCUCUGCUGGGACCAACCACUACAUCUCACUGCCAGAGGGGGACAGGACAAACCACUUUACCUCUGGGCCGGGAGGAGACCAGGCCCCCACUGCCGCGCUGGCCAAUCAAACAGAGGGUAGGGGGGAGGAGCCUGUGUGGAGGCCAUAUUGA